AUGUCUGGACGUGGCACCCGCGGCAAAGGCCUGGGGAAAGGCGGCGCUAAGCGCCACUGCAAGGUUCUGGGCGGCAACAUCCAGGGCAUCACUAAACCUGCUGUCCGCCGCCUGGCUCGUCGUGGUGGUGUGAAGCGCAUCUCCGGGCUCAUCUACGAAGAGACCCGCGGGGUCCUGAAAGUGUUUCUGGAGAACGUGAUCCCGGACGCAGUCACCUACACCGAGCAUGCCAAGUGGAAGACAGUCACCGCUAUGGACGUGGUCUACACUCUUAAGCGCCAGGGCCGUACUCUCUACGGUUUUGGCAGUUAAGCUUUCCCAUUUGCUCUCAGGAGCUUGAU